UCCACGCCCGGCCUGAGCUCGCCGGGCUCCGGGCUCCGGGCUCGCGUUCAAGCCUCGCCCAGAGCAAGCUGCUGCGGAGCCGCCCGGUACGGGGCUCGGUCUGGUUGGGAAUGACAAUUGAAUCCGUGUGGAUGUUCGCAUCUUUCUUAUAAUUGAACUUAACUUUGUACUUGUUAAACUUCAGGCCUGAAUUUAAGCUUGGAUCACAUUUCACGUUAUAGUUGUUAAAUUUCACUCUUCCCCCAUUGCCAGACCUGUCUUCCUGUUUAAUUAUGUUCACUUUCAUCUUAAAUUUCAUGGAACAUUACAGCACAGAACAGGCCCUUUGGAACAUUAACUCAAUGUUGACACCCAUGUUUCUGUAGGAAUUGGUUAACAAACCCCUGUCUCACCCGCACCAUGGCCCUGUUGCCUCGGAAGAAGAGGUGUAAAGGUAUACCAACCUCUACUGUAUCCCAAGACCAUUUGGGCAGAAACAGUCCAGUUGGUGAGGUCAAGUUUGGUGAAGUUGGUAUAUUUUUGGUGGAGAGGAGAAUGGGGUCAAGCAGGAGAAGAUUCCUCACAGAGCUUGCUCGGAAAAAGGGGUUUCGAGUGGAAGAGCAGAUGAGUGAGUCAGUUACUCAUGUUGUGUCAGAGAACAACACUGGCAAAGAGGUGUUGGACUUGCUGGAGAAGCGGAAUGGAAUUAGCAGAACUGGAUUCACUGCAGCCUUGGUAGAUAUCGCGUGGUUCACUGAGAGUAUGGGGGCAGGUAGACCCCUGGAAGUGGAAAGUCGGCAUCAACUUCAGAUCGUUCUCACUCCUCAUGGAUCCAUAGCUGGUGUCUUUAGCAGAGGAAAGAAAAAGUCUGUUGGUGAAGGAAGGAAUCAGAUAUAUUCAGGAGUAGUAUUUCUCCAUGUGACAAGAGAAGCUGUUGCAGUCACUGAGGUGUCUAUUUCAUCAUAUGCCUGUCAAAGAAGGACGGUGCUAAAGAAUAAAAACAGAUUGUUUACGGAAGCAUUGAAGGUACUGGCUGAAGCUGCAGAGCUGAAUGAGAGUGAAGGGCGGUACUUGGCAUUCUCAAAAGCGUCUUCGAUUCUAAAGUCUUUGCCAUACACUGUGACCAAAAUGGAGGACCUCCAAGGGAUUCCCAGUCUUGGGGUCCAUUCCAGGAAGGUGAUUAAGGAAAUCCUAGAAGAUGGAACUUGUAGUGAAGUUGAGAAUAUACUCCAGAAUGAGAGAUAUCAAACUCUAAAGCGGUUCACCAGUAUUUUCGGUGUUGGUGUGAAGACAGCUGAUAAGUGGUACAGAGAGGGUCUUCGAACUCUAGAUGAACUGAGAGCAUCAAACGUAAAACUUACAAGGGAACAGGAAGCAGGUCUUUUAUAUCAUAAUGACCUCAGUGCACCAGUUACAAGGACGGAGGCAGAUUUGAUCAAGCAAAUUGUGGAAAGGGCUGUGCACAAAUUUCUACCUGCUACAGUUGUAACGUUAACUGGUGGCUUUCGAAGGGAGAAGGAGUUUGGCCAUGACGUUGACCUUCUCAUAACGCAUCCAGAGGAAGGCAAAGAAGAGGGGCUUAUUUGCCAAGUGAUUAAUUGGAUGACCACCGAGGGUCUAAUAUUGUACGGUGACAUCACAGGCAACAGUUACAAAGGGAGAAGCAAGGAUCCUGGGAUUUUUGAUCACUUUGAAAAAUGUCUUUCUAUCUUCAAACUGAAGAAGGAGUUGGUUAAUAAUUUAGAAUCUGAGAAAUUGAGCCAUUGUGACUCUUUGGCUGGAGACAAGACUCGGGGAAUUGACCUUGCUGAUCACACAGAGGCUGCUCAACAGGUGACUGUGGCUGCAGCAGGCAGUAAAGACUGGAAGGCUGUGAGAGUGGACCUGGUCAUUGCCCCCUACAGCCAGUAUGCUUAUGCCUUGUUGGGAUGGACAGGUUCACGACUCUUUGAACGAGACCUACGCAGAUACGCCAAGCAUUCAAAGAACAUGAGUCUGAGCAGCCAUUCUUUGUUUGACAAUGAGCAGAAUAUAUUUUUGCCAGCUGCCACAGAAGAAGGAAUCUUUGCACAUCUAGGGCUGGAGUAUAUACCACCUCGUGAGAGGAAUGCUUGAUUGGCUGAGCUCAUGCUAUAGGAAUACCCAGAGCACCUCGGGGAACGGCUUUGGGCAUAACGUUUGUAGCAUUUUUGUCACUUUAUAUUGGGUAAAAGGUGGACAUUUGCCCAUGAUUGGUUCCAUACUGUAAGCUGUUGAAUUUGUAAUUAGUAACUUGAUGGUACAGAUGCAUCAGCAUCUUGGAUGUGCUUUCUGUCUGAUGCAUAUGUGGAUGUGUAUCAGUGGUUGAGUGGGAUCACUGUCACUGGUGACUCUCUGGAUUCAAGCCCAACUCAAAAAAAUGGGCACGUAAUCUAGGCUGACAUUGAGCGAUCAUUGCACGGUAAGAGGUGCUGUUAAUUCGAGAUCGUAUAUCAUCUGAAGUGUAUGUAAAAUAUCCCAUGCUGCUAUAGUAGCAAACAGGAACAAUCUUCUCAGGGUCGUGGCCUUUUAAACUUUUCUAAUUAAAUGGAAUAAAAAU